UUUAUUUUCUGUCAUCCUAACCUGCCUCAAUAUCAUAAAUAUGAAUGCAAAGCUAUAAAUUUUUCUCUAUCGACACGUUACAACCAAAGUUAGCGAAGAAGACUUGUUGGUUGGUCUGCCUCCACCGUGCUUAUUAUUUCCCGCAAAAUCUUUAUCGGGAAUCCGCUUUUUUUUUUUUUAUCUAGUUAACUAAUUAUUUAUCUAAAACGAAAAAUUACGUUUUCUUUUGUUAUCAAUUGAAACUAAAUCGGCUAAUGAAUGACACGGACUCACUGACCUUUGUUCUACGUAGGAAAAGACAAACAACAUUCCUGGCUUAAACUGCUUCGAGUUGGUCUUGUCUCGUUUAAACGCAACCAAACCAACGACUGGAUUAUAUAUAUAUAUAUAUAUAUAUAUAUUUAUCUAUAAUUAUAAUAAUAAUAAUGUCUGUUCUUUUGUAAGAAACAGGGGUCUCUAGAGAACCUCUUCCACGAUAUUUUCCAAUAAAUUUUAAAUGAUGGCUAACAAUCUGCCUGCCGGGAAGAUGUACAAGAAACCAAUAAAGAAAAAUGUUGGUUUACGGGCAUUCUUUCCUGAAAUGCCCAUCAGCAUGAGUAACUUGGAGAAAGCCAAAAUCUGGGUAAAAAGGCAUAACAACAACUAUUUUAUGGGAUGGACUCAAGAACAGCUUCAAAGUCUUGACCCCAUUGUCAGGCCACUGACCAUUAUUACACCAGAAUUGUACAAGCGCCACAUGAAUAGAUGCUGUAGAUGUAACCAUUAUGUUUUGUUUAACCCACAAGCACAUAGCUAUUGCAAAUGGAGGAGUGAAUAUUGUCGAAUUGUGAAGCUUAAAUAUUGUUUGGAAUCUGAUGCUGACUGGGCUAAAGAAUUCCGGCGUCGUUUGGGAACUGACAGUUCAAAGGGAGGUUUCCGAAGUUUGGGUGAAGCUAAACUGUAUGCUACUCAGUUGUGGCGUCAGUACAGUGAGCUGUAUGAUGUCCAUCGUGCACGCAUUGGCAACAGCAAUUCAAGGGCUUCACUUGAAAAGCAUCAUUCACUUGAUGGGUCUUCUCGUGACACAAAAGCUAUUCAUAUCAGUUCAGGCUCAGCAAUCAGUAGCUCAGCUGCCUCACUUCUCCCCCUUAGUGGCAGCCCAGACUCCUUGAUCCCUCCAUUUAGACGUGAAGAUGACAAACUACUCAGCCUCCACCUUGCUUCAAUGGACGAAUCAAACAACCAUCACUUAAACGAGUUUCCAAGUUCAUCCAGUCUGAACAUCAGUCCUCUUAUAAAAGUAGAACGGGAAGAAAAAUUUGAAUCCUCCUCAACAACCAUCAGCAAUGAGACAAAUUGGUCUGUUGACAAUAACAAAGUAAGCUCUUCUCACAACACACCUGUUUUUCCAUCUGUUGACCAGAUGGAACUCAGCAUUUUAGAAAGAGUUGAUGUUUUACUGCGAAGAAGACGGAAAGAUUUCUUUCUCGGUUAUACUGAGGACCAGUUACGAAACUUGAGCCCUUUUGAACGUCCACUGACCACAGUUACUGAAAAAGAAUACCAAGAAUAUCUCUUCAGCGAUGAAGGACAAUUAACUUCUGCUCUUGCCACAGUUUUUGAUCUCACUGAACCUUGGGCAUUCCGUUUUAAAAAGAUGCUUCAUUUAAGUCCUGAGGAAGGUGGUUUUGCAACUUGGCCUGAUGUUAAACAAGAACUUUAUGUGCUAUUGCAAAACCAUUUAAGUGGCAAUAGUAAUUCUCAAGAAUCUGUAGUACCGUCAAUGCUUGAUGGUUCCCAUGGUACAAUGCCAUCUUUAUCUUUAGACAGUGACCUUCCGAGUACAUCAGGUUUGGUUGAAAGGGCCAGUGAAAAUAUUGAUUUUACCAAUACAAGUUCUAGCAUGCUGUUGGGUAAGGAUUCAUUAAAAGAAUCAACAAUAUCACUGUUUAGUUCUGGCAUUUUAAAUGGAAGAUUAACGAGCCAGAAGAAAUCUCCCGAUUCUUCCGACAGAACAGUUGUAUCCCAAGCAUCCCCUUCUGCCCCUGAAACCACUGAAGAUGCUAUUACUAUAGAUGAUGAUACUAAUUCUGAAGAUAAUUUUGCUGCUGGUAACCAAUCUCAAAUGAAAAGCCCACCUGUCUCAUCUAAUGGCCCCAGCAUUGACAAUAUCUGGAGCACCAACAAUAGUAGUUCUAAUGAUCACAGAAGGGCUGCAAACCAUCUUCAACAGCAGUUUUUAUCUGAUUCUAGCGUUAGUAUUACUUCGUCCAUUGAAAGAAGUGGUCACUCUGUUACUGCUGUAUCAUCCAGUUUAUCUGCGAUGGCAACACCCAAUCGCUUUGGUUCACCACUUGGUAAAGUCAGCAAUCGUAUCUCUUUAGAUUUAGCUUCAUUCGGUCGUAACCAAGGAAACUCAGAACAACUGGAAUGUUCUCCUAUGGAGCCUAGGAAUUCUCGUGUUGUACCCCGUUUUAGUUCACAGUCAGCAAUGGCAAUGGACACAGGUAGUGUAGAAGUUCCUACAGUGAAGACCAGUAAUCGUAGUAACUCUUCUAGACUGGUUGUUGCUGGUUCUAAUUCUCUUUACGCAAAUAAUAAUUCUAGUAGUAAAUCUCUGGUAUCGAAACUUUGGUCUCUCAGAGAUAAGUUAGCUGAACGCUGUCGUGACGAUCCAGCUGUUAGCUGGCAUGAUAAAUUGAGGCCACAUUUGAAACUUAUCCGAUCACAAUUAGGUGAGACUUACACUCUCCCGAGUUCUGUGCAUGAAAGUAUUGCCGAUCUUUUCCUUGUUACAUUGCAGCUUGAGCUGCUCGACAAACAAACAUCAGGAUUCAGUGACAUGUCUUAAUUAUUAAAAGUAACUACAAACAAACAAAAACCCAAUUUGACUGAAUUAUCCUUUUUAAACCUUCAAAUAUAUGGAAACACUUGUUUCUUAAAUAUUUAAAAAAAAGACUACCACAAAAUAUUGAUAACCGUUUACAAAUACCUUAGUCUAAUUUUUAACCCUUAGGCUUACAAAUAUUUUGAAUGAAUUGUUUCUUAUUAAGGUGAAAAGUUUUUAAAAACCAAAACAGAAAAAAAAACACACAAAACGGAAAACUAUAGUUUCCAUAUUUUCCUUCCGUUCCCAUAUACACCAAUCAUUUGGUACCAAAAUUGACUGAUCAAUCAUUGCUGUUAAUUUCUCAGUCUGUUUCAGACAACUGAAAAUAACCGGUACACUUCUAAGUGUUCUUACUGUUCCUGAAUAUAUUUUUAAUUUCACCAUUUAUUUUACUGACAUCUUCAAUAUUGUGUUUUACCAAAGGAAAUGUUGAGUCAUUUCGCCCAUCAUUUACCAAAAUAUAUUCAGUUGCUUUUUCUUUUUUUUUUUUUUCAUUAUUUCUUUGGUUUUGAUGUUAGAAAAAUGUGUGUAUGAUUUUUUUUUUUUUUACAAGGGUCAGAGACCCAUGCAUAUAUAUAUACAAAAAAUGCUUAUCAGUUGUAGUCAUUUUUUAUAAUUAUUCCGCUGUGCCAGUAAUUUAUUUAUAAAUGCAAUUAUAAAACAACAUUAUAUUUCAUUAUCUGUGACCAAAGCUGUUUUGUAACCAGGCUAAAGAAAACCAAGUCUAACUUGGGAAAUUUGUGUUUCAAAAUCAUAGAACGUCAAUAAUUUACUGAAUAUUGUAAACUAUUGCAAUUAAGGACAACUCACACCAAACAUGCAUACAUAUUCAUCCCUCCAUCAAUCCAUCCAUCCAUCCAAAGAAAAUAAUACAUCUGUUGAAAUAUAAGUUGUUUCAUAUUUCAUAUGCUUUAAUCUAAAAUAGCAGUUUAAAAAAAUGUUACAAUACACCAAUAUUUUUAAAAUAUGCUUCUGUUUUGUUAUCAAUUUUUAGUUUAAGAAUUGUCUCAACAAUUUUUUUCUUCUUCUAAUCCUUUCCAUGCUCUUCUGUAAUCAUUUUAAAGUUUAUGCUGUGUAUUUAACAAAAACAGUAAUAAUAAUAAUAAUAAUAAUAAUAAGGUAUGGCUGAAUGAUUAAACAGUUCACUUCUCCACAAUAUAGCUUUGGAUUCAGUUCCACUGCAUGACACCAUGAGCAAGUGUCUUCUAUAGUCCUGGGCCAACUAUUGCCUUGUGAGGGAAUUUGGUUGAUGGAAUCUGAAAGAGUCCAUCACAUGUGAUUGUGUAUGUGUUUGUGCGUGUAUAAAUGUUUAUAAAACCAUGCUGAGCUGAUGGUACUGUUUGCGGUUUAGCUACAAAGAGCAGUCAUCAUUUGUGUUUGGACUGCAACUAGUGUAGGUUGUUGAUGUUUCUUGUUAACAAACCAUCUGCCAGCUCUGUGCUUUUGGAUUCCUCUAGAAUAAAAAUCCCUUACUUGAAAAACAGGUGAGGUUCGGUGAGAGGAAGUACAUCCAGCUAUAAAAAUCUUGUGUCAAAUUCAGCCCUGUCUAAACCAUGCUAGCAUGGAGAAAUAGAUGUUAAAUGAAACAAAAUGUUGAUAUUAAUAUUUGUAAUUAUAACAACAAAUUGGUUUUUGUUGGAUGGAAGGUAUAGCUAUAUAUCCAUUAAAUAGUGCCUUAAGCAUUUUUGGAUCUUUGUAAAAAAAAAAAGCGAACUAAACAAUAUAAUUGUAUUAUAUUGAUGAUAAUAACUCUACAGUUUAUAUGAUAAAUUAUUUUUACACUGGGUUUACAUAAUGUCAGAUUCCAGAGUGAACUUGAAAGAAAGAGACAAAAUUAUUUCUGACAAUGUGUUUUUGCCUUUGUUUCAAAUUUUUAUUGAAAUAUGACUUGUUUAAAUCUGUUUUUUAUUAUUAACAAACCAGAAAUUAUUUUCUAAUGUUGAUGUUUACAGGUUUAACUCUUUCACAAUCAUAUUUCUAAUGAAAUACACUGUUUGGUGAUGCAUUUCACUUAAUUUUGGAAAUAAUCAAGAAUUUUGAGGGAUAUAAGUAAAAUAAUUGAUUUUUUUCAUUAUUAAGCUGGUGUUUGGAACAUAACUGAAAAUAUUCCUAGACGUAAUUAUGACAGAAGGUUUUAAUUUAAAUGUGAACACUUUAAACCAGGAGGUUUUUCAAUCAUGAAACCGGAGAUGGUUUCAGGUGAGAUGUCAAAAGAAUUCAUUAAAAAUUAUGCUAUCUUUUGCCAACAGAAAUUUUUAACAUAAAAAAUUCUGAAAUGAGUUGGCAGCAUUCUUCUUUUUACUUUUUUUUCCUUUUUUUUUUUUUUCCUAAAUUUUAUUUCAGCAAAAACAGAAUAGUGUUUGCAUUAGAAAAUCCAUAGAAAUGAAUUUAAAAUGAAACCAAAAAGAGAAAGUGUUUCUUUAAAAAAAAAUAUUUCCAUACAUAAACCCCAUUCCUAAAUUUCUACAAACUUUUCGUUAAAGACUUUUAUACUGUAAUGAGUUAUACUCUCUACUUUCCAACAUUUUAUCUCUUGUAUUAAUUCCCAUUUUAGCAGGGAUUUGAUCAUUCUAAAAAUUGAGACAUUCUGCAAGAAUGUUGUAGUUUUAUCCUUAGAUUGGCCCUGAUUGAGCAGACUUUUGAUCAAAGGUGUUCCACACAUGACCUUUCUGUUUAUUUUUAUUCUAGACAUAAUCAGGUCAGUGGUUUUCAAACUGACAAAUGUUAGGCUUCCCUCCUUCCAAAACUAUUACUGGUGUUUUUGCCCCAAACCUUAUUAAUGAAAUUAUAAAAUAGCUUACCUCCAUACAAUUCUUCUGUCGUCAUCAUGGCUUUGAUCAAGUUUGAAAAGUUUAAAAA